AUAUCAUCAAGAGCAUGUUGAUUCUCGCACAGCAAUAACAAAGCGGAUAGUUGAAAGUAUCUUUUUCGUUAAAAUACAAGGACUAUAGGAAAGAAAGAAAUAUAUAUAAAGAGAAGUUGAUUACAAAUUGCUCUGAUGAAAGCAACACGAAUUAUUAAAUAAUCUUGGUUAAUCCAGAUUAUUGGCGCGAUCAAAAAGCUGCAACUUUGGAUAUCGUCGUACGAAUAGUAAAUUCGCGUGAAAUCUCGUGUGACAAUCGUUGGUUGUGGUAUAAUAUCAAUCGAGGUAUAAUCACCUUUAUUCAAAUGAACAAAAAUGACUCGAUGAACAGAUAUGGGCCUCUCGUCGGCGCGAUUGACGAGGGCACGAGCAGUGCUAGGUUUCUGGUUUUUGCAGCGAAUACAGCAGAAGUCUUAACAUACCAUCAAAUCUCGAUAUCGCAAAUAUGCCCAAAAGAGGGAUGGGUUGAACAAGAUGCUUUAGAAAUAUUAAAAGCAGUUAGGGAAUGCCUUAAACAAACUGUAUACAAUUUAAGACAACUCACGAUAGACCCAGCUGAUAUAGUUGCAAUUGGUAUAACAAACCAGAGAGAAACUACGGUUGUAUGGGAUUCUGUCACAGGAAAGCCACUUUACAAUGCCAUAGUAUGGAUGGAUAUGAGAACUACAUUGAUUGUGGACGACAUAUUAAAGGGUAUACGUAAUAGAAAUAAAAAUUAUUUGAAGCCACUUUGUGGCUUGCCAAUUAGUCCCUACUUUAGUGCAUUAAAAUUAAAAUGGUUAUUGGAAAAUGUACCUCAAGUUCAAGAAGCACUGAUUGCAAAACGCCUUAUGUUUGGCACCAUUGAUUCCUGGCUAAUUUGGAAUUUGACUGGUGGUGCUAAUGGUGGUGUUCAUAGUACUGAUGUUACAAACGCUUCAAGAACAAUGUUAAUGAAUAUUGUGACACUGCAGUGGGAUCCCACUUUAUUAUCAUUUUUCAAAAUACCUGUUGAGAUUUUACCUGAAAUACGAAGUUCCUCUGAGAUUUAUGGUUAUAUACACGAUGAAUUGCUACAAGGUGUUCCUAUAUCUGGGUGCUUAGGUGAUCAACAAUCAGCUUUAGUAGGUCAAAUGUGUCUACAACAAGGACAGGCAAAAAGUACUUAUGGUACUGGUUGCUUUCUUCUUUACAAUACCGGCACAGCUAUUGUGGAUUCAUCUCAUGGUUUAUUAACAACAGUUGCUUAUCAAUUAGGACCACAUGCUUCUCCAAUAUAUGCUCUUGAAGGGUCUGUUGCUAUCGCAGGUGCUGUUAUACAAUGGCUGAAGGAUAAUCUUGGAAUACUGACUGAUGUAAAAGACUGUGAAACUAUUGUCGAACAAAUGCCAACGGACAAUCGUAUUGUUUUUGUGCCAGCAUUUGCUGGACUGUACGCUCCAUAUUGGAGAAAAGAUGCGCGAAGUAUCAUAUGUGGUAUUAGCGAAGAUACUAGUAGCGUACAUAUUAUAAAGGCAGCUCUGCAGGCAGUAUGCUUUCAGACAAGAGACAUUUUAGAAGCUAUGAAAGAAGAUACUGGCUUGGUGUUGUCAAAACUAUUAGUCGAUGGUGCGAUGACCACUAAUGAUUUAUUAAUGCAGAUGCAAGCCGAUAUCUGUGGAAUUCCAGUAGUUAGGCCACUGAUGUGUGAAACUACUGCACUUGGAGUCGCAAUUGCCGCAGGAAGCGCAGAAGGAAUACGCAAAUGGGACGUGAAGAUUGAUGCCGCCGUUCCUAGCGACAUUUUCUUGCCAUCAAUAACUGAAAAUGAACGUGAUAUUUUAUAUUCUCAGUGGAAAAUGGCUAUUGAUAGGAGUUUAGGUUGGGAGUUACUUUCAGAAACAGAUGAUGAUACAAAAGAUAUACUUAGAGCGACUGCGCCCGGUGUAUUUAUAAUUACCUCUAUAAUAGUACUUAUGGUUGCUAAGUACAGAUCUACUUUAUAAUUGAUCGUAUAUGUAGUGUUGUCUACUACAUAUUUCAUUUAAGCAAGACAUAUUCAGUGGAACUGAAAUUAUCAUUUAAGCGUGACAUAUUAUUUUAUAUCCGUGUAAACAUAAUAUUUAUUAUUGAUUUUAAAAAAAGUCGAGAAUAAAAAGUACCAGGUCAAUAUAAAAAU